UCAGCAAAUGUGAUAGUCAAUAAAGAACUUUGGCAAAAGUCUCAUGAUGAUAAACAUGCCUCUACCAACUUUAAUUCCAGUUAUGAACCCAACACUACAUCCCUUUCUCAAAGUAAUUCGAUGAUAUUUUCACAGGAAGAACAGGAUGACUUGUUCGGU